AUGUUUAUUCAAUUUCCAAAGACUCAACAUGAGACUCAAUGUAGAGUUAAUGAAACAAAUGUUAUGAAAUUAACUAAUGGAAAAUUUCAAGCAAUAUGGACAGUUAAUUUUAAUAAUGAACAAUCAGCAAAAGUCUCAAAAAUAUUUAUCAACACUUAUAAAACAUAUACAGAUGCAAUUGAAGCAACUAUCAAUCAGUAUAAAAUUAGUGAAGUUUACAAAUGUUAUUUCAAUAUAAAUAAACCGUAUGAUUUAAUUUGGACACUUGACGUUCAACUCACACAAGGCAGACGAAAUUUAAACAUUGCAUUUGUUCUAGGAAUUUUAAUCUUAAUUAUCUGGGCAAUACCCAUCGGAUAUUUAUUUCACAAAUGGUUUAAAAACAAAUUUAUCAAUUCAACAAAAAUUGAAUUUUCAUUGAAAAAUACAUCAAAAGACUUUAGUCAGAUUCAAAUCAAUUAA